CAGAAUUUAAUGCAGAUCAGAAAAAAGCUUGCAAAAUUCCCUUUAAUCAGAGAAAAAGCGGAGAGAAUCUGUUUGCCCUACUACUCUUCUUUUUCUCUUUCGUUGUUUCCACAUUCGCAUAUCCACCACACAUACCCGUUGCUAUUAUGUCUAAUAGUCCUGCACCUGGCUCGCAGCUGGCCGACUAUUUCUUUGUCGCAGGUCUCCAUGACGAUGACCUGUUGGCAACCUACCAAGCGGCAAAGCAGGGCCGAAGAAUCACCGACGACGAUUACUACUAUGAGCGACAGCAAACUGCAGUCAAUGACCUUGACAAAAAGAACAACAGCAACAAUAGUGAUUCAAAUCAGGUGGUCGAGGCAUCACCUACGCCAUUAGACGAACCCAACAAUAGCAAAAGCAGCAGUGGCGGUGUCAAUCAUCACACCCCCCAUACAUCCUCCACGUCCUUGUCUCCGCGCAGUGACGGUGGCAGCAGCAGCAGCAAAAACAGCACUACAACCACUACCACUAGCACUAAUGGUAAUGGCGAUAACCACCAUCGAGCACUCCCUACCAGAACAGUUACUCUCCCCGCAGAACUGCAUUCUGGAAAGAACAGCAGUGGCCGUAUAAGAGAUUCUUCGUUUGGCGUCCUCGAUCAUGUUCAGGCUGUCAUUGAUCACUUUGACAAGGAGCGAGACACUGCUAGAGACACUGUCAUUGCAGUCCACGAUCAGCAUCGCUUGGCGGAGAAAUUUGACACGCACCAACAAGACCAGGAACAGCAGCGCAGGCAACGGUCGUCUUCAACGCAUGUAGCAGCCAGCGAUCGUUAUAGCUUGCAUCAGUCACAUACUUGGCAGCCCGAAAGUGGAUCAAGUACUCGUCGACAACGUCAGUACUCGGAGCCACCAGCAUGGAUGCAUGGGACGCAAUCGUCGAUCGAUAGUGUCGCAACGGUGACACCAAAGAACCUACAAGAAAAUAAUCCAAAUGCCGUUGCCGUGCCGAAUAUUCUUGAUCUGCAGUAUAUACCCACCGUUUUAAUGCGGUACCCGAAGCAAAAUUGCGUGCCAUCGCAACCUUUUCCGCCCUAUGUCGCUAUGUUUUGCUUUCCAAAAGAAAUCACACUACACUACGGAUCUCAACCUCCGCCAGAGCGACUACAUUCUUUUGCAAUGACAGAUGAGAAAGGAGCAACAAUCAAUGGUACAUGUGUCGUAUUCUAUGAACGGCUACCAGAGCGGCUUAUUAAACCUGUGGAUGAAGCGAUCCAAGACUGGGUCGAAGAGAAUAUGGCAUCAAGUACGGUCGAAUAUGCGCAACAUCUGCAAACCAAGAUAAACGAAGAGGAAGCCAAGCGAAAGCAACAUGGAGCACAGCUUGCAUCACUUACGACAUUGAGCUCGACGUCCGAAAUUCAACAACAGCGGGAACAAUUGGAGGAGUUGGUUCGUAGUGCACAGGAGAACGUGACCCUUUACACAGAACUGCUGGAACCGGUCAAGAUGGGCGUAUGCACAGCGCAGAAUGUCUGGGUGCCCAAGAGUGUCGGUCUACUAGGAUGCAUGCCUUGGAAUGACUUGUACGGCGAUUGGCUCCGUGUUUUAGUAGAUGCUGUGGUGGGCGUUCGUGGACACAGACACAAAGGUGUCUUGUUAAACGUGGAGAGCGCCGUGCAUAACAUUAUCCGUGAGGUACCGUUGCCACCCCCUGGACGAUUCGAGAUUGGCUUAAGCAUCAAUCAUCGACCCCUAUUCUUCUCUCGACCACCUGUCAACCAAGUCCCUUUAUUGAAGAAUUUCUCACUAUACCCAGUGUUUCGAGCAUUAUCGCCUCACUUGAUCUUGGCUAUUACAGAGACAUUGCUUGCAGAAGGAAAGGUGCUAUUCUUAUCUCAAUAUGCGGGGAUGCUUUCACUAGCAUGCGAGACGUUUCGAUACCUCCUGUUUCCGCUCUACUGGCAAUUUGUUUUUAUACCCGUAUUACCACGACGAUUACUGACUUGUCUUCAGGCACCAGUACCGUAUAUUGUUGGGUUCAUGGGAGACAUGUCUGACGUGGAGGAUUAUAUUGCCGAGGAUACAUGUAUAGUGAAUCUUGACAGUAACACAAUGCACCAAUACCAUGCGACAAUGACAAUUCCCGAUCGACAGCGAAAAAAACUCUACACAGCCAUCGAACAAUAUGCGCCCCUCCAUGGCUCUCGACACCGAAUCCCCUAUGGCGUCCCACUAUCCAUCAAGGAAAUGUUUCCCAACAGCCGGAUGCUGCUCUCCUGUGGCCGUUCCAAAGUGCAAAAUACAUAUGACGCACCACAACGCACCUCAAACACAUCCGAGUUUAGCAAUUCCAUAUGGUCUAACAAUACAACAGUAGCUUCAGGUGGUACUAGCGGUCGUCCCUUGUCCGGGCUAUGGUCGAGCAACGCAAGUACUCGCAGUUCAAAUGAUUCAUCCACAUCGCUUUCAACGUCACUGGAUGUCCCAUUGCCGGCUAUGCCUCAGUAUCCUGGCAGUGUUAAACUUGCCACACAAGGCUCAGCAUCUACAUCCUCGCUCCAUACGCCGCCCAUGAGCCCAACAGCUUCAAAGAAUCGUCUGCAUCACCAUCACCAUCACCCUUCUACUUCCACGCAAAGAUCAUCUAUGACAACGACAGGAGUCCAACGGCAUGGAUCAACUCGAAGUAAUAGGAGUGAUGUUAUUAUUCGCAGAGCCGAAACGUCGUCACAGACUGGCAUUGGCCGUUUGAGUCGACAAUCAAGCUCGAGCGAUAGCAGUAAUAGUAAAGACGUGAAAACAAAACGACGCCUGUCGACAUUCAUGUCAAAGCCCCGUGCUGCAUUCCAACAAAACAAUUUCUCGGAGACUUCUGUUGAUACAGCCGCAUCGCCUCGCAACUCCACCGCAUCAUCGCCAUAUAGCCAGGGUUACAACCAAGAAUAUGCCCAUCAGCAAAAUUGUGAAGUGAUGCGUCGUAUCAAACAUAUCGAAGGGCAUAUUAUGACCGAAGUAUUUUCUCGCGAGCUUCUUAGCCUACAAGGGUACCGAUGUCUAUGUGGAAAGCCUGUAUCCGAGUUUGCUGAUGGUGAGGAUACGCGGGUACGCCAGCGCAUGUUUAUGCGAUGCCAAGAAUGUCAAUUGGUGACCCAUGAUAACUGUACAAAUCAGAUAUUACAUGCAUGUUUGCCUGCAUGUUUCAAUGAGCGUAAAGUCCAAGAAGCAUUUCUGCGCAUGUUUGCGUCCCUCUUGUAUAAUUAUCGAACAGGCUUUGUCGACGAUACACAAGAACUCAAUGGUGCUGCUGCAUUGGCAUCUACAGGCGACUAUUCAAAGAAAAUGCAACGCGGUGUACUUUACUUUUCUAAAGAAAAAUUCAUGAAGCAUUCUGACAAAGAUACCCGGCCCUACCUAUCGCAUCUGGUGGGCUCACAAAUGUUUACGCAGUUCAUCACUGAUCGGUUAUCUAAAUCGGCAGAGGACCCGGAGAUCCUUGUUUUUGACGAGUUUAUUAAACUCAAGUUGAAUCGCUCAAGGUUAAAGUUUGUCAAAGAAGACACACCGUUCUUGAAUGACGAUUCGUUUAGUAUUUCGCAAACAAUCUGGGCAACACCACCUAGUGAUGCGGCUGGUCAAACAUACGAUCGAUUUCCAAUUGAUUUGGAACUUUUAGACAAGUCAUAGUAUACCAUAUCAGUAUUAUUAGUUAGCCCAGUAGUAGUAUAUUUCAUCUUAAACUCUUUCUUAAUUUUUCUUUGUGUCAUCUAUCCUUAAUUGUAUAAACGUUUUUGUUACAACCAUCCCUCAUUUGAUUGGGAAUCGUAUAGUUCACUUCAUAUACUAAAAUUACAGCUUUUUUCUCUUUAUACCCUAUGUAUCUUUAAGAACCUGUUAUAAAAGACGCUG